AUGGCUGCCACCCCAGAGGAAUUCUUUGCUGAGGGUCUCAUGGAGCCUUCACCGCCGUCCCCGUCUGUCUUCCUCGACCUUACCCCGGUACCUGAUCCCAAUACUGCCAAUAAGGGCCAGCCCUCCCAUGAUGACCUGGUGCUCCCUUACAUCUCACGCAUGCUCAUGGAGGACGACAUCGAUGAUAAGCUGUUGUGCCAAUACUCUGAUCACCCUGCACUGCUCCAGGCGCAGCAGCCCUUCACCCAGAUCCUCUCCUCCCCUUCCACCGGUACCAACAUGGAUGACACAGGCAACAAGGACACCAUGGAUCAAGUCAAUGAUUUGUUGCUGAUUAGUAGUGGUGAUGAAAGCACUCUCAGCUUGGCCUUAUCCGACAGUGAGUAUGUGGUGGGGGAGUUCUUGAAGGGCAUGGAAGUUGCUAACAGGUUGUUGCCAGGCGACAACAGCUUUAUAAAGGACCAUCAAAUGAGUCAAAUAUUCAUCAGAAGCAAACGUAAGCAUAUGGAGGAGGAGGUAGGCAGGACCAGCAAGAUUAUGAUGAUGACGAAGGUGCCAGAAGAGACAGGCAUCCGUGAGAUGCUUGACAAUAUGAUGAUGUCUGGACACGACACAUUGAUCAGGGACAUGGAGAAGUUGCGUAUCGCCAUGGACAAUAAGGAGGAGAAGAAGAACAGAGAGGGUUGUAGCAAGGCUACGAGGGAUAUGGUGGACCUAAGCACUUUGUUGAUCCGUUGUGCGCAGGCAGUGGACACAAACAAUUAUUUGAUUGCGGGUGAGUUGCUGAAUCAGAUCAAACAGCACGCUUCAACAACAGGGGAUGCCACACAACGGCUAGCUCAAUGUUUCUCCAAGGGGCUGCAGGCGCGGUUGAUGGGAACAGGAAGGCAGCUUUGGAAAUUGCUCAUGGCAGAGCGUCUUUCAGCCAUGGAGGUCCUCAAGGCUUACAACCUUUACAUGUCAGCCUGCUACUUCAACAAGGUGGCACACAUUUUUUCCGCACUGACCAUUGCGCAAGUCAUGAAGGGAAAGAGAAGGUUGCACAUUGUAGACUACGGUAUCCAUUGCGCAUUCCAGUGGGCAGGUUUGGUCCGCUGGCUGGCAAAGAGGGAAGGUGGACCGCCGCCAGAGGUGAAGAUCACUGCCAUGUGUUGUUGCCAAGCUAGUUCUUUUCCGGUUCAGUGGAGUGAGGAGCAAUGGUACCGGCUCAGCAAGUAUGCUAGUGAGCUUGGUUUGACAUUCGUGUUUGAAGCCGUCACAACAGAGUGGGAGAAAGUUUGCAUCGAGAGCUUGAACUUAGAUGCAGAUGAGGUGGUUGUCGUGAGUGACCUCUUUAAUCUCAGCACCUUAAAGGAUGAGAGCAUAUUCUUUGAUAGCCCAAACCCUAGGGAUACUGUCCUCAGUAAUAUCAAGAAAAUGAGGCCAAAUAUUUUUAUCCAGAGCAUUUUGAAUUUCUCACAGGGAUCCUGCUUCUUGUCACGGUUCCGGGAGAUGCUGUUCUAUUACUCGGCACUGUUUGACAUGUUGGAUGUAAUUGUCCCACGGGAGAGUGAAUCACGAUUGGUGCUGGAGCAGGACAUAUUUGGGCGUUGUGUACUGAAUGGCAUCGCCUGUGAGGGUGCUGACCUUGUGCAACGCCCUGAGAAGUAUAGGCGGUGGCAGUUGAGAAACCAACGGGCAGGCCUGAGGCAGCUGCCACUGCGACCAGUCGUCAUGAAGGUACUGAAGGACAAGGUCAAGAAGCACCAUCACAAGGAGUUUUUGCUCAGUGAGGAAGGCCAGUGGCUGCUGCAAGGAUGGAAGGGGCGCGUCCUCUUUGCUCACUCAACAUGGGUAGUGGAAGACGGAUCUUCUGAAUGA